GCACGGCCGUCGUGUUUACGGAAGUGCUUUACGGAGACGCGGUGCAACCAGAAAGUGGACACGUGAAGGGUAUUUGAAUAUAGUUGCGUACAUCUGCGAUUUAACUAACACUAUCAUUUAAGAAUGCAUCGUUCGUGAAUCUGCCAGAUAAUAUACAUUCAUAUAAUCAUGGCUGGACGUCUCCCAGUGUUAUCCACGCUCGCUUCGCUCGGGGUUCGAACAGUCGUGUCGCCAUCAAUCGGCCGCCAUAGUGUUCCCUUAAUGUUGGGCCGAUUUAGCAGCAGAGGUGGCAGGAAAAGAUGGAGCGAGCAGAGCGGUGGCGGCGGGCACACACAGUUCCACCAAGAAGAUGGCAGAGACUGUAUGAUGGAGGAUGUGGAGGACAAGCUGGAAGCUUUGCUGGAAGAGAGAGAGAAGAAUCGAAAAACUAUCAAGUAUAACAUCAUCGAGAGGAAGAUGAGGCCACGAGGAGCUCCAGAAAGGAAGUUAACCUGGCAGGCAAUUGAACAGAUAAAAUUUCUAAAACAGGAGCAGCCAGAUGAGUGGUCAGUGAAGCAUCUGGCUGAAGGCUUCUCUGUCAGCCCUGAUGUGAUUGUCAGAGUGCUCAAGAGCCAAUUUAUCCCAGACCCAGCCAGAAAACUCAAGCAGGAUGCUAAAGUUAUGACUCGGCUCAAUCCUCAGGUGUUGCCUUCAGGGUCUCGGGCAGAGCAGAGCAGACUGAAGCUGCACAGAGGCCGCGCAGCAGAUGCACUCCUCCCUUCAGGAAGUCAAGAAAAUAGUUUGGUUCCUGCGGCUGCCCAUACUUUAAUAGGUGGCAACACAAACUCCGACAAUAAAUCCCUGGCUGUAGCUUCUGCACCUGUUACAGCUCCAGCAUCCCGCUUUACUACUGCGGGCAAAAAAGACGCCACAGAGAGGAUGUCAGCCGGGGACAAAAGCUCACAUCCAGCGGAAGAGGAAGAGAAUUGGGACGGAGAGGUGUUGUCUGAGGAACAGAUUGAGCAGGUUUGGGAAAUGAAGAAGCCUGCACCUGUGGUGCAAGUCGGGAAGGAUUUCUUUGAUAGCGAGGGCAAUUUUUUGUACAGAAUAUGAGCACUUGUGUUCAGCAAUGCCGGUGUGUUGUGAUGAGGAUAUACUGACCUGCUGCAGAUAUUUUCUUUUGAACUAGUUAAUAAAAGCAAAUUAUGACUUUUUUUGUGCAAUUCAGAGAACCAGUGUCCUCCACAGUAGACAUUUGAUUUUAUUUUGUCAGUUUCAGGAGCGUGCUGUUGUUUCAUUUUGCAAAAAAAUUUAGUCAUAGAUCAAAUCUAUGACAGCACUAUAGUGUUUUUAAGAAUCCAUCCAUCCAUUUUCUACCGAUUGUCCCUUCCAGGGUCGCUGGAGCCUAUCUCAGGUGCAUUCGGGCGGAAGGCAGGGAACACCCUAGACAAGUGGCCCUUUAAGAAUCUGCUGCAAAAUUACUCAAGCUUUUUUUUUUUUUAAACUAAACUUACAGGCUACAAACGCCAACAAACCAGUUGAACAGGAAAAAUUAUGAAAAAGAGAGGACCUAAAAUGGAACCUGGAUGGACACUUAUAACUGAAAAAAAGUUGAACAACACCCUUGUUACGUAAAUCACAUAAGGUCAGUUGAAUAGCCUUGCAAAAAAACAAGCAAGAUUAAAAAAAAAAUGUGAUUGUGUUUGUUCAAAAGGCAGCAUAACAUUUUUGUCAAAUUGAAUGAAACAAACUUUUAUACAUGGGAUUAAUUAUGUAUCUAUCCAUCCAUUUCCUACCGCUCAUCACUUUCAGGGUCACGGGUGGUGCUGGAGCCUAUCUCAGCUACAAUCUUAAUGUCUUAAUUUUGUAUGGCAAAUCUUAAUUUUGUAUGGCAACAGGAAAACAUUUAAUAAAAAUGGCUCUUUUUAGGGUUAAUUGCCGUAUUUUUCGUACUAUAAAUCGCAGUUUUUUUUUCAUAGUUUGGCCGGGGGUGCGACUUAUACUCAGGAGCGACUUGCGUGUGACAUUAUUAACAAAUUACCGUAAAAUAUCAAAUAAUAUUAUUUAGCUCAUUCACGUAAGAGACUAGACGUAUAAGAUUUCAUGUGAUUUAUCGAUUAGGAGUGACAGAUUGUUUGGUAAACGUAUAGCAUGUUCUAUAUGUUGUAGUUAUUUAAAUGACUCUUACCAUAAUAUGUUACGUUAACAUACCAGGCAUCUUCUCAGUUGGUUAUUUAUGAGUCAUAUAACGUACACUUAUUCAGCCUGGUUUUCACUAUUCUUUAUUUAUUUUGAAUUGCCUUUGAAAUAGCUAUUCUUGGUGUUGGGUUUUAUCAAAUAAAUUUCUCCAAAAAAUGAGACUUAUAAUCCAGUGUGACUUAUAUAUGUUUUUUUCCUUCUUUAUUAUGCAUUUUUGGCAGGCGCGACUUAUACUCCAAAAAAUACGGUACAAAAAUUAAUUAUUUAUUAUUCUGUAUGUAUGUAAAUUGAUGUAUUUUGUUUUACAAACCAAUUAUACCGAUGUUCUGUGCACUUACAUAUAAGGUUGGCUCAAAUAUUGAAAGUCCCAAUAUGCUAAAAUGUUUAUGCAGUUAAAAAAAAAAAAGCCACAAGUAGAUAAACAUUGUUAAUUUAUUGGCAAACCCAAAGAAAAAAUGCCUAGAAUGAAAAAAGCAGAUACAAAGAUGUAACUUGCAUAUUUACAAAACCUUCUUUCUACAUUUUAUACCAGACUGUGUGAAACAUGAGAUAGCAUAACUUUUAUUGAUCAAAUAAGAACAUCCCUUAAUGUCUAAGCAACUCCACUACAUAGGUUUAAGUUUUAUCAAAUAUUAGAAUGGUCUUAUGUUGAGGCGUGAAAAACUGUAAGACGUUACCGUAAGGUAUUACAUGCGCUUCACUAGGAGCUCAUGUGGAGGAAAAGUGCACACAAAGUGGAGCAACAUAUCAUAUCCUUGCACGCGGCAAUUAAACAACCACAUUCGAACUACACAACAUUUACUGCACUCUGAACCUGCUAAUGACAAAUAAAUAAAACUGGUAUGACGUCAUUGUAAUAUAAACACCAGAAAAACAACAGUGAAAAUGUCUCAGGUGGAGGACAAAGCUUUGAGACAUAUGUCAGUAGUUCUAGGAUUUGAUGGUAUAAAUUAUUGUUGGAUUUGCUUUUCAAGUCAAAUAAAAAGUCAACAAUCUCG